AAAUCUACGUGCAAAAUGGCUGCGCAGGUUGGUUUGGUUCGUGUAAAAGUAGAAGAAAAGGUGAGAGACAGCCUGGAUAAAACAACCAAAGAGAAGAAAAAGAAGAAAAAAAGAGAAUGCUCCCCCUCGGUCGACAAGAGGUCAGAGAAAGAGGCAAAGAAAGUUAAGUUCCAUCACCAUCUCCACCAUCAACAUGUUCAACAACGAAUACACCAGCCGCAUCAACAACAGCAGAAUUCCCAACCCCGUACCUUUAGUUCGGACCAAGCUGCUCUACAACGUCACCAUCACCACCAUCACCACAACAGCGCCAAGAAAGACCCCUUACUCGGAGGCCACACUAAAAAGGUGGUUCCGUCGCAACUCGAGCAGAAGCUGCUGCCUCCGGUUCUGCCCCCUGUACCGCCCGGACUGUUCACUUUCACUCCCCUGAAAGUGGCCAAGGCCAAGAGCCACAACAACAAGGAGAAACACUGCGAUAAAGACAUAAAACUCAAGCCCAAAAAGGAAAACACAGAGGCUAACGUGAAAGCAGGACUGAACAAGAAAAAGAAAGAGCCCCGCGAUGAGAACGGCAAGGCGCAGGCAGUGGACGAGUACCUCCUGAAGAAGAAAAAGAAGAAGAGGAAACAUCGCGAAGAUGAGCGCGGCAAGAGGCUCAAGGUGCAUCACAAGGAGGUGCAGACCGCGUCCUCCGGCCUGGCAGACGAGCGGCCCUGCAGCCCGCCCCCGGGCCUGCCCGACCCCGCCCUGGCCUGCCUGAAGGAGGAGUGUGGCCCAGACCAGCGCUGCGGGCCCCGGGAGGCGCGCUCGCCCUUCCUGUCCCACCAGGACCACUUCAUCCGCAGCAGCUUCCUCCAGACGGGCUCGCGCUACAGCCCGCUGAUCCACGAGGAGCGGCAGGCCAACGGAGGCGCGGCCGUCCUGCACGCGUACGCCGACGAGCUGUCGGCCCUGGAGCCCGCCGAGGCGGAACGCUUCGCCCAGGAGUUCCUGCGGCUGGCCUUCGACGAGAGCCCCAGAGGCGCCUCCCGCUACGCCCUGGCCGUGGUGCACGGGGCGGCCGCCUACCUGCCCGACUUCCUCGACUACUUCGCCUUCAACUUCCCCAGCACGCCCGUCAAGAUGGAGAUCCUGGGCAAGAAGGAUAUAGAGACCACCACCAUCGCCAACUUCCACUCUCAGGUGAAUCGGACCUACUGCUCCGGGACGUACCGGGCUGGGCCCAUGAGGCAGAUCAGCCUGGUCGGGGCGGUAGACGAGGAAGUAGGCGAUUACUUCCCAGAAUUCCUGGACAUGCUGGAGGAAUCCCCAUUUCUCAAGAUGACCCUCCCGUGGGGCAGUCUGUCCAGCCUGAAGCUGGAGUGCCGCUCCCAAAGUGACGACGGGCCCAUCAUGUGGGUGCGGCCGGGGGAGCAGAUGGUGCCCACUGCGGACAUGCCCAAGUCCCCUUUCAAACGGCGCAGGUCCAUGAACGAGAUUAAGAACCUGCACUACCUGCCGAGGACCAGCGAGCCGCGGGAGGUCCUGUUUGAGGACCGGACGCGGGCCCACGCCGACCACGUGGGGCAGAGCUUCGACUGGCAGAGCACUGCGGCCGUGGGGGUGCUGAAGGCCGUGCAGCUGGGCGAGUGGUGCGAUCGGCCUCGGAUAACCAAAGACGUGAUCUGCUUCCAUGCGGAGGACUUCACGGACGUGGUGCAGAGGCUUCGGCUGGACCUGUACGAGCCUCCCGUGUCCCAGUGUGUCCAGUGGGUGGACGAUGCCAAACUGAACCAGUUGCGGCGGGAGGGGAUCCGCUACGCGCGGGUGCAGCUGUGCGACGAUGACAUCUACUUCAUCCCGCGCAACGUCAUCCACCAGUUCAAGACCGUGUCCGCCGUGUGCAGCCUGGCGUGGCACAUCCGCCUCAAGCAGUACCACUCCGCCGAGGAGCCCGGCCCCGCCCAGGUCUCCCCCCCCCGCCCCUGCCCCAACGCGCAGCCCGCAGACGCCAAGGCCCAGGAGGAGCCGCUGUUCCAGAGGCCGGCCACUCCUCCGAGGCCGCCGCAGUCCUCCGCGUCCCACCCGGCUGGACUCGCCCCCCUCCCGGCUCCCCACAGAGAGCCUGGCACGAGCCCCUCUCCUGACCCGGCACUCACGCACUCACAGUUCCUGGUGCAGUCAGCCCCAGACUCCCCUCCACGCUUCGACCCCUAAUACCAGCCUACAGAUCCACCCAAAUAACUUACUGCGUAUGCUUUUAACUUCAGAGGGAUGUGGGAGGGAUGGGGGAGUUAUUUAAAGACAAGGGACUAUCUGAACUAGACUGACAUUCCACAGUAUCGAAAAGGAAUUGUGGACCGUUCUUCUAAAAUGCGUACAAAUUCUUUGUGUGUGUGUAAACUUUUUUUAAAUAUAUAUAUAUAUUAAGCACUUUGAUUUGGAGAUGGCCCCUGAAAAAAAUGUUGGUUCAUUUUGGCCAAAAUGUGUUAUUUUAAAGAGCUCUUUAUUCAGAUGUUCAGUGUUUUGAUUUUGUAUUCAUCAUUGUGUUUCCCAGAAAUCUCUGGUGAAGUCUCGUGUUAUUCUGCUUUCCCAGUUCUGCUCUGUUUCAUGAGAUUACUUAAUUGGUUUCACAGAAAAAGUGCCUGUCGCAUAUCAGGAAUAGCAGCUGUAGCUCGGUUGAUGAUUAUGUGAAGUCUCGUAACUUUGCAAUGUGCAGAUUAUUUUCUGAAACCUUGGUGGAGAAAACAAUUUGUUUGAAACUCAACUUGUUUGAAAGGAUGUCAGCGGGCCCUUACUUUCAGGCUCCUGCGAGUGCAUUUGGGAUUUGCUUUCACUGAUGUGCAAAUAAGGCUCUAGUUUUGUGUCCAUUAUUUUGAGUGCAGGGAGAAACCCUUGGUGUGUUUUUUUUUCCGGUCUGAAAUAAAACCAGGAAGUACUUCAGAGUCUUUCCACAUCUCCGUUGUCAGAUCUUCUGUAAUAAUCAAGGAGUUAUAACUCAAAGGGAAAAACUCCCUGAAGAGAUAUGUCAGAAAUGCAGCUACUAAAAUUCUGUUUCCAAUUAUGUGUCUGUCACCUAUUGUGUGCAAAAUUCAGGGUAAAUAUCUAGGAUGGCAUGAAUAUCUCAGGAAAUAUUUUCUGUUUGCCACCUUUUCAGAGGAAGGAGUUUCUCUCUUUAAAAUGGUGAUCUGGAAAAGGGCAAAUGUCCCCUCCAGUGUAAAAAUCAAUGGGGUCUGGAAAAGGGCAAAUGUCUUCAAGAGUGAUUUCGACCAGGCUUUUUCUUUCUAGGCUACAAACCUGACCUGUGCCUAAAAAUAAGAUCAUGUGUUUUUCAAAUCUGUUUUCCAGCUCUUGCAUUUUCUGAUUUGGUGUGUCUCACGAUCUCUUAACAGAUCUUUUAACAUAGAAAAUGCAUUGUCAUUGGGUAUGACCCUUGUUGGAUGAUCAGUUUAUGGCUUGCUAUAUAUUAAUGUUGUUAUUAAUGCCAGACCACCACUAUUGACAGGAUUUUGACAGUUUUCUGUACCGCAGUGUGAAAGAGCUGCUACAUGAAACAUGACGUUUUAAAGGGUUAUUUUGUGAAAAUGGCCACAUAUAUUAGCUAAAUAAUAUUUAUUGGGUGAUUAAUUUGUUUGAAGAGUGCAAACAGUCCCCCAUACCCGGAGUGGUGCCGAAGUGGUGUGUGGUGGUUUUUUGUUUGUAUUGUGUUGUGUGUGUGUGUGUGUGUGUGUGUGUGUGUGUGUGUUUUUGUGUGUUUUGUUUUGGUUCAGUAUGGCUCAGAUUCUGUCAAUAGACCGAUCUUUAUAGAGCAUAGACCAGCUGAUAUAUUGCACUCAGUGGGGGGGAAAAAAAAGAAGAACUAUCCAGGUGAUUUAAACUUCAGUAGCUCUGGUCAGCGUUCAUCCAAAAGGAAAACACACACACAGUUGAGAGAAUAUUCAGGUCAGCCGGUUGUCCGGUGUGUAUUUUGUGCUCCUUGGAACAGCAUUGAGCAGGCACUGAAGGUAAUGCUGAGUGGCUAUCUCAAGUACUUCAUAUGGAUAGGGAUUUAGCAUUCUUCCAGGGGUUAGGAGGAAACCCCCUCAUUCUUUCUUGUCAAUAUUUUCCUCUUGCAUUUCACAAGCUUUUGCAAUGUAGAUGACACAAUGUCCUGACCACUCCUAGUACCUUUGUCCAAUUUGGCCCUGUAUGUAUUAUACAGUUUUUUUGUAUAGAGGACUUUUAUUUUCUCAGAUCUGAAUUCUGUUUGCAUUUUUUUAAUUUUUUUUUAUUGUUACUACAUGACCAAGGAGAGGAUGUUAAAGGAUUUUGAGAGUACCAUGGAGGUUUUGCACAAUAUUGAGGUAUUUGAAGGUAAUAUAGAGGUAUUUGUUGAGGCUGAUUUAACGAUACUAGUUGUAAGCAUGUCUUUAGAUGGAUACAUGGAAAGAUUAGUCUUAUAAAGGUAAAAGGAAAUCAUGUCUUUGUUAAAACCAUCUUUGUCAUUGAAAAAUUGCUGUUAUUGUACUUGGCAGGAAAUACUUUGUUUUGCUUGUGAUCAUUAUGAGUAAUAUUUACCUGCAUUGAUUCAACCAAUUGUGAAAAUGUAAUAUAGUUAGCAACAUAUGUGCACUUAAAUUAUGCUUGUUCUUGUUCUUUUUUUUCUUUUUUCUUUUUUCUUUUUUUUCAGUGUUUCGAUCAAAAUUCAUACCCAUAAUGGUUUAUAUGAUGGAAAUGUUUUUUAUAUUAUUGAAGAGUAAAACAAUAGUUUCUGAGUGCAAUGUGGUAGCCACUGUUUUGAGUCUAGUUAUGUAUCUAGGUAACGUAUUUCACACGAUGUGCUCUUUUUGGAGGCAAAAUUGCAUUGGAAGGGAUAAAACUGACAAGCUGGCUUGUGACACAAGAAACAGUGCUUGUUUAGUCUUGUUCACCAUGACUGAGCUGAGCUGAAUUUCGAAGAACGUGCUCUUCAGUCCUUUCGACUGAAAUUUAAAUUGUGUAUCUUCCACCAGCUAAAAUGUUUUGGGUUUAGCUCUGGUCUUUAUUUGGCAUUGAUUAGAAGUCUGCAUCAAGACAAAAUAUGCAUCCAGAUAAGAAUGUAAAAUUCAACACCAGCAAAACAUCUGAAUUUAAACAAUCCUCUUGUUUGCACCUUGGUGUUGGUGAAAUCUAAAAUGGACUAAAUGAAUGCUGUACUUGUGCCAUUGAAAUGAGUGCCUCAAGAGUGCCUUUCAGCCAGUCUCAUACUCACACAUUCAGUCCUCCCUGUGGUGUAGUUCUGAUGCAGCGCAGCUCAACAGUUCAGUGUGACUGAAGAUGCAGAGUGAUACCGUAUGAUGUCAUAGUCUGGAGGCGCCAUUGCAUCUCCAGCCACAGGCAGUAAUCAUCUGGGCCCAGCAUUUCAGAACCUUUAAUCUACAUCCGAAUUAUCUGGAAGUUAAAAUACUUUUUGAAAUUUUUUUAUUAUUGUUUGUAAUUUUAUUUUGUUUUAAAAUUUAUUUAUUUAUUUUUGCUGGCCUAGAUCAAAUUGAUCCCGAUACCCCACGACCCCAAGAAGGAUUACAGAAUGUAGAUUUGCAGUCUUUGGAUAGGCUUCUGUCCAUUUCAUUAAGACAAACAGAUAUGAGUGAACAUGUUGGGAAAAUGUGUAAAUGAGUUUGUGUAUUAGUCCUAUUCACCUAUAGGCCCAAGUCAAUCUAAUUUCAGAAUUCCAUGUCUCAAUGGAUAAUAAAAUAUAAUUCCAAACACAAAACCAUUUUAUCAGCAUACAAUACAUUAUGAAAUUACCCUAGUUAAAAUAAAGGUCUGCUAGUGCGUCUCACUGACCGUCCAGUUGGUCUACCUGGAUGCUGGCAUAGUAUUUUCUGUGAAAUUCUUGUUUUUGCAGCCAUUAGGUUAUUAGUUUAGAAUGGAUAAGAUAAUACUGUAUAUAUUUACAAUAACAUCUUAAGGCAUUUGCUAUUUUUUUAAGUUUGGGGUUUUCUAUAGACCACUUUUAGUUUUUUAGUUUACUUUUAGUUUGUGCCCUGCGAUGGACUGGCGACCUGUCCAGGGUGUAUUCCUGCCUUUCGCCCAAUGUAUGCUGGGAUAGGCUCCAGCCCCCCUGCGACCCUGUUCAGGAUAAGCGGGUUCAGAUAAUGGAUGGAUGGAUGGAUGGAUAUCCACUUUUGAAUUUUGAAUUGCCCAAAAACAACAUUGGAUUUAGAUUAUGGGUAGGAUUGGAUUACCAAAUACCUAUCCCAAUUUUUAGGAUCAGCAUAGUUUUGAAAUAUCUUGUUUUGAGAUUUAAGCCUGUCCAAUGACUGAAAUUCUGUCUAAAAAAAGUUUUGAAAUACUGGGUCCUUGGUUUUGCUCAUUUCAUAGCAGUGUUGGGGGGCAUAAAAAGCAACACUUUGUACAUUGUGGACUAGGCUUUCAAAAUCCAGUGUGUGUACAUUCUCUUCACCGAUAUUUUGCUUAGGACUGGCUCUGAUCGGUUUUCCAGAAAAUGAUGAUAUUUUAAUUACAUUCAAAUGGUUAGCAUUUAGUGAAGUGAAUUUCUAGAUCCAUUAUAGAUUUGAGAAGAAAUUGGCAGCUAAUUUGAAUGUGUUUUGUUAUUUUUGUUUUUGAUUGUACUAUGUGUCUUAGGAGAGUUUGCCUGAGGAUCCAGGCAUGCUGUGUGUGACCGUAAUAUCACUAGCUGCUCUUGUUGAUGUCUAUAUUGAGGAUUCUCUUUCUCUUUCUCUUUUUAGAAACAUAAUUAUAAAUAUGUUGGUAUGAUCAGAUCAUCGAGAUGGGACAUCUUUUUUGGUAAAUAUAUAAUCAUUUACGUUUAUUAGAGCUCCGUAAACAGUGUGGAUCCUUUCAACUGUAUAAUUGUGUAAACACAAUGGAAUGCAUAGACUUUCUUGUAUUUUUUUAAAUAAAUAAUUUUAAAAUGGUUACACAA